AUGUUGUCCUACAUCUUCCUCACAGCGACGGCUAUAGUCUCCGCGUUCAAAUCCUUGCUCGCUCGAUUUUACCCGAAAAUUGAGCACUUAUCCCUUAUCAGAGAAAUUGAGCCUUCAAACGAGCCCAUUAAAGCUUUGCAGACCAUGAUCGAGAUAGACGGUGCCGGCGCUUGGCCUCCCAAAGCCUCUUAUCGAGAAUCUUGGCCAGUAGUACUUCAUCCCUACCAUGAUAUUUUCGUCGUAUUGGCUCCACUGCUCCCGGUCAUCGAUGUUUCGCUGGAUUCUACCAUCAACCAAUGCCGCCGAAUGGAAUACCAACAGCGAUUGCGGAUACUGCUAAAAGAACGCGUGAAUCUGGGGCUAGUUAAAGAGACGCUGUCGGCUGCUGCAGAUGAAACAUCUUGCGUGAUCACCAACCAACAGUAUAAUGGAUUUUAUGCGUGCAUCAGCUAUCUGCGCCAUGCGUUCCGGUGGGGGACCAUUCCUAUCGUGGAAGUUGCGCAGCAAGAGAAGAUCAUCGACUUCCCUCCCGAGUUGGAUCUGCCUUGGGAUUUUAUCCGUCAAAAGUACGGCAUCACUUCGCUAGGGGGAAAUGUUACGUCCAACUUUUUCUGCAAUCUGGAUAGAGAUCGGAACAAAAUUGAAUACGCAAUCAAUGGCAGCAUGCCCGAACCAAUCCCAUCGGCUGAGUACUACCUGAUCUAUGCAUUUACGGAGCCAGAAAGAAAGGCGUUGCCAGUGUACUACCACCUAGUGCAGUCCAUCACGUGUUUUGAGAGGGAUCAGAAACAUGCCUGCGUGGAACACCUCCAAAGUCUGACCGUUCACCUACGAGCCGCUUUCCGGGUCUACUACGAGUAUGUCAUUGAUUCUAAAAUACCCCAUAGCGUCUUUACAGCCUACAUCCAAGGCUUUCACGGCUGGGCCGCCGGGGAGAUGAUAGACGACAAGUACAUGGAAUACGAUGGGACUUCCGGUGCCAAUUUGGUCCUCUUCAAUGUUCUUGACUUCUUCCUCGGACUGGAACCUUUCCUUGCAGAGCAAGACUACGUCAAAUAUUUCUCCUCUUCCCAGCGGCGAUUCCUGACUUCGAUCAAAACCCACGCCUUCCGUGCCGCAGCCGAGCAGGCGAAUGAUGUUGAUUUGGUGCAACAAUUCGAUUACAUUGGAAAACAGCUCCGUGUAUGGUUCCAUACCGAUGACUUCGAAUAA